AUGGGGAAUAUCUGCUGCAUCAUCGAUUGCCUAAGAAGUCGCCGCCACAAUAGACAGUGGACCUAUAUUCCUCCGGAGACGGAAACAACUCCUCCUCCACUGGAAACCCCACCUUAUCGAUUCCGAUUCCCCGCCGCGACACCGGAUACAAAACCUAACCCGAACCAUUCUUACCAGUACCCGGGUCACUAUCAUUCUCCUCCGUCCGAUCCACCUCAUAUUAACCAGCUACCUUAUCCUUGGAUCGCCGGCGAGAGAUUUCCGAUGAUCCCACCUCCUUACAUCGAACAUCAGAAAGCCGUCACGAUUCACAACGACGUUAAUCUGAAAAAGGAGACUCUUAGGCUCGAACCCGACCCGGUUAAUCCGGGUCGAUAUCUCGUCUCCUUCAAGUUUGAUUCAGGCGUCUCCGGAAGGAUCACAAUCGUUUUCUUUGCGAAAGAAUGUGAAGAAUGUAAUCUUAUAGCAACAAAGGAACAUACUUUGCCUUCAAUCACAUUUGAAUUCAAUAAAGGACUUGGUCAGAAGUUCAUACAACCAUCUGGAACUGGUAUUGACUUAUCGGUAUUCGAAGAUUCCGAGCUAUUCGGGAAGGUGGGAAGAGGUGUUUAUCCGCUGGCGGUUAAGGCAGAGGCAGCUCCAGUGGUUGGCUCAGAGGGAGGAAAAAUGAGAUCGAUGAAUGUGAAUGCGCAGAUUACUCAAGUUGUGUAUGUGAAGGAGAACGGAGAGAUUCAGAUUAGAGCUGUGAAGCAGAUACUAUGGGUGAAUGGGUUUAGAUAUGAGUUGCAGGACAUUUAUGGGAUGGGGAAUAGUACGGUUGAUGGUUGCGAUGAGGAUCCUAGUGAUACGGGAAAGGAAUGCGUUAUUUGCAUGUCCGAACCACGCGAUACAACUGUUCUUCCUUGUAGACACAUGGUAUAA